AUUGACCCACCCACACACUCAACCACCCACCCACACACUCAACCACCCACCCACCCACUCAGCUACUCACUCACCCAUGGAGAGCGGCGGCAGCGGCAGCGUCUUGAGACUCUCACUGCGAUGGGUUCCUCUUGGGACAGGAGACGUGGCGGUUAAGCAGCAGCAGCAGGAGGAGCAGCAGCAGCAGCAGGAGGAGCAGCAGCAGCAGGAGGAGCAGCAGCAGGAGGAGCAGCAGCAGCAGGAGGUUGUGGAGUCCCCUUCUCUGCGCGUGGAGCCGCUCUUGAAGCGAGAGAAGGAGGAGGUGAAGGAGGAGAUGGAGGAGGAGGAGGUGGUGGAGCUGGCCGCUGAGACGUGGCCACCCGUCAAGGUGGAGAGAGCCGACUCUGAUGGCGGUGGUGGUGACGGUGGUGGGAAUGGCUGCGACGCGCAAGUUCAAGAAGCCCUGCGUACUGCGGGAGAUGAGCUUCACAAGGCAGGGGAUGAGCUAUUUGAUGAGGAGGCCGAUCUUCAUUCCGACGGAGAGGACAUUCGCAUCAAGGAGGAGCCAUCGCAGGAGGAGGGGGAGGAGGGGGAGGACCUACAGAAUGUCGCUUCCAGCGGGAGGCCGGGCGAGGCGGCGGUCUCGUGCAGAGGCCCUCCGACUUCACGGCAAGUGGCGGAGAUCGAGGUGGUCCUGGAGGGUGAAAGGGGUCGCGGCAAGCUGAGGAAUCGCCGGAGAACCCACGACAAGCAGGGGAAUAAUAAUAAUAAGAAGAAGAAGUCACACAGGUGCUCCCUGUGCGGAGAGACUUUUGCCGAAUUGUCGGACCUCAGGGGGCACGCGAAAGUUCACGCCGACGACAAGCCGCUGCGCUGCGCCGUUUGCGGAAAGGGCUUCGUGGCGGCGAAGUCUCUCCGGUACCACAUGAUGGGCCACACCGGGGAGAAGCCGCACCGGUGCCCCGUGUGCGGCAAGGCCUUCGCGCAGCGCUCCGCCUUCAACGCCCACGCGAGGGCUCACGCGGGCGAGAAGACGCACCGGUGCGACGUGUGCGGCAGGGCCUUCCUGCACCCGUCGUCCCUCAAGGCGCACGCGAAGGCGACGCACGCCGGGCAGGGUCCCGCCGUGUGCCCCGCGUGCGGCAAGACCUUCCGGAAGGCGUCGACCCUCGCCAGCCACGCCGCGGUGCACGGCGGCGAGAAGCCGUUCGGGUGCCCGAGGUGCGCGAGGGGCUUCGUCCUCUCCUUCUCCCUCAAGAGGCACAUGGCGAGCCACGGCGCCGGGGCCAGCGCCUGCCCGCCGCGCGGCCGGACCCCCGGCGACACGCCGUCGCUGCGGGCCCACGUCGGGGUCCACGCCGGCGAGAGGACUCGCCGGUGCUCGCUGUGCGGCGAGGCCUUCGCGCAGCUCUCGGACCUCAGGGUCCACGCCAAGGUCCACGCGGACGAGAAGCCCCUCCGCUGCCCCGUGUGCGGGAGGGGAUUCGUCGUCGCCAAGUCCCUCCGGUACCACAUGAUGAGCCACACGGGGCGCAAGCCGUUCACGUGCUCCGCGUGCGGCAAGGACUUUGCGCAGCUGUCGGCGUUCAACGCUCACGCGAGGACCCACGCGGGAGAUUCGCGCAGGUGCGACGCGUGCGGGAAGGACUUCGCCCGUCUGUCGGCGCUCAAGAUUCACGAGAUGACCCACGCGGGCAGGAGUCCGUACAAGUGCCCGACGUGCGGCAAGGAUUUCGUCAACCCGUCGGCUCGCGACAAGCACGCGAGGACGCACAGCGCGGAGAGGCCGCACAAGUGCUUCGUGUGCGGGAGGAGCUUUGUGGAGCUUUCGAACCUCGACUUUCACGUCAAGUGUCUGAACCACUACGGGCCUCUUGGGCCCGGAGCGUGGGCCGUUUAAAACCCCCGGGGGGGGGGGGCUUCGCUCGAACCCAA